GUGCGCGCGCACGGGAGGGGCGGGGGCGGCAGGGCGCGCGCCGCGGACCGACCUCUGCCCUCUGGCGUCCUCUGCGUCCUCGUGGUUUCAGCAGGCUCUAGGUGCCCUGGCUCUUCCGAGGUCGUCCUUGCGCGGGCCCUGGAGCCGGCGGACUGCCCAAGAUGAGCCUGGCCAAGAAUGCGCGGGAGGUGCUGAAGGCCAUCUCCAGUAGCCCCGGCUUUGAUAGAAUUUUGGAAAAGGUGACGCUCGUCUCCGCGGCGCCGGGGAAAGUGACCUGCGAGCUGAGGGUGGAGGAGGAGCACACCAACAAGUUAGGCACGCUGCACGGGGGGCUGACGGCCACCCUGGUGGACACCAUCUCGACGCUGGCCCUGCUCUGCACAGAAAGGGCCCUGCCGGGCGUCAGCGUGGACAUGAACAUCACGUACAUGUCCCCCGCUAAACUCGGAGAAGAUGUGGUCAUCACGGCGCACAUCCUGAAGCAAGGAAGGACACUGGCCUUCACCUCCGUGGACCUGACCAGCAAGGCCACGGGGAAGCUGGUGGCGCAGGGCCGGCACACGAAGCACCUGGGGAACUGAGGGGAGCGUGGCCCGAGACCCCGCGAGGGCGCCCAGUGCCCGUCGCACGUAACUGUAACCGCCCAAUAAACCAGCACGGCCGGAAGUAA